CAGGAGAUGCGUUCGCCCGCCACGCCGCCGCGCCGCCCGGCGCUGCUGGAGGUGACGAAGAGCAGCGAGCGGGGAGCCUGCUCGCCCAGCCUGGCGAUGACGAGCUCCCCGGUGCCCCUGCCGCGCCAGCAGCCCAUCAAGGUCAGCGCCGACGGGUGCUUCUCCUCGCCGAAGCCCAAGAGCGAGCCGAUCCCCAUCGCAGGCAACCGGGAGAACCUGGCGCCGCCGCCGUGCCCGCCCGCCACGUGGGCGUCGCCCAUGAGGACUCCCGGAACGCCACUGCUGAAGACACCAACGCCCAGCCGCAUGCCCGUGGUCAAGGAGGAGGCCGAGCCCUCCACGCCCAGGGGCCGCGCCUGCAACGGCUCGCCGCCCCCCCGCCGCGCUGGCGACCUCGCCCGCGGCGAGCUCGCCGGCUUCCAGGCGCG